UUUUAUCUUGCUAUCGUCAUAAGAAGACCAGAACAUAUAUAUUUUAAUAUAAAUAAAAUUGUUUUAACAAACAAAUCCCCCUUGACUUUAGAUAUGCAAAAGAAAUUUUGCGGUAAAAUUAAAAGUACAAAGAUAUCAAAACACGCAUCAAAGUAUCAUGAUAAAGUAUCACUUUAAUUUUAAAGUCCUCGUUGUCUCUUACCAGAAUAUAAAGCUAACUGUAUUCUUAUCGCGACGCAUAUCAGGAACGCGAAAGAUGUCAUCUUGAUAUAUCCGCGAGAAAUUCAAUGGUCACCGCUGUGUGGCGACAAUGUUGACUUUAUUUACGUGGUACGCGGCUAUUAUACUAAUCGCGUAGAUAGAUGAAGCUAACUCUAGAAGUCCACCAGCGACAACUUCCUCGUAGCAUUGAAGCAAAACAACUCAAUUUGCUACCACAAUCCUUGUAACACAUUCGUAUCAUAGGAAACUGUGCCUUCGAAAUUCAAAUAAAAAUAUAAAACUAUUUUAUCAAAGGCAUGGAAAACCCGAUCCUCAAAUUGAUGAUUCUACAUCGUUAAAAUUGACCCUGUUGCGAGAUUAUGUUUGACAGGUGCGUUUCCGCCAAGCCACGUGCGCCGCGAAAAGGAUUUUAAAAGCCGCCAAUGAGAGAUACGCGACCAAUCGAGGACCCCGAAGUGCGAGGAGUGGUGGUAGCCGCACGUGGGAAGAACAAGAGAGAAAGAGAGACGGCGAUCGCUUCACUUAGCUAUUUCAUUACCUUCACUCGAUCCUUGGCCGCAGUGCACACGGAGCCGCGAUCACGUUUUGUUCCUCGCCGCGAAUGGUACCGAUUGGCGCGAUCUUCGCGCGCACGCGGACGAAUGGACCGCGCGUUACAUAAUAAAGAGAUCGAGUGAUCCAUUUGUCGAAGAAGAAUAACGCGAUCGCGGAUUUUGCGGAGAAGAAGCGACAGCCGGAGAACGAUCCGUAGGAACGUUGGAUCCAAGAAGAUCGUAUGUUCGUAGCUUCAAGACGAUCUUUGCAGGAUGUCGCGGAGAAUUAACGUCUGCGCCACGGUGCUGCUCGUCGUGUUCGAGCUGACCACGUCGGCUAUGGUCCUGCCGAGGCCACCGUCGUCGCCUAAUCACAUCCACCAGGAUCAGGAGCUGUCCGCGCGCAAAUCCCUCGAGGGCAAGUCCCUGCACGGCGACAUCCCGCGAAACACCAACGUGGAGAGACCCGAUACCGAGGACUACAGGCUGUUCGAGAUCGAGUUGCACAGCGCGGACGAGAUCGAGGCCGCGAAUCUGCAGGGUCUGAUGCGCACGAUGCUCAAGGAGGAGCAGCGGGCGCCGAACGAUGGCUACCCGAAUCCCGAGGUGAUCCCGAACUCGAUCCUCGGUGUGCGAGACAUGGGCCUAAGUCCGAAUUACCGCCUAGACACCUUCGACGACGAGAAGCGCGUGUCGCUGCAGCCGCCGAAGCUGCCAAGCCUCGACGAGAAGCUGUACUACCUGAAGAGCGGUCGGCCCAAGGUCUACGUCAACGUGCGGGGGCACAGCGGCUCCUUCCGCAAGGAUAUCGUCGACCCGUCGUCCACGGCGACCCCGAACGAAGGCGCGGUGGGAUACCUCAGGGUCACGCGACCCUUCGAGAGGCAGACCGAUUGGAAGACGCGGGACAAGAAGACUCGACCGCCUAAGAAGUUCGAUCGUCGCGUCGACGGUAUCGUUCUGAGGAGCGAAGACAUCGAGAAGACGAACGAUCAAGCGACGUUCUAUGGAGCGGACGAAUUGUCGACCACGGAGAAUUCCAUGGUUACGUCCAGCGAACUACCCAAACAGAUACCCGCGCCGCCCAGCAAAGGCUAUGGACGGAGUCUGAUGGCGCAGACCACACCUGUGCAAAGAUACGCGCUUAGGAGGACAGACAUCCUGCCGGGAUACGGCUUCAUCGAAGAAUGAAAUCGAGUAUUCCUGUGGAAACCAAAAAAUUAGCUUCGCCGAAAAGUAUGGAUUUAAUCGCGACCCUGAAGAUUUUCAAUCGCAUUUCAUCCUUGCUCGAAAGUACAAAAAGAGAUUGAUUCGACGACAUAUUUUGAAAGGAAAUGUUAAUUACGCAAUAAUCGUCGUUAACUCUAGAGUACUACUCAUACUAUUUUUCUGACAUUAAUAUUAUGCUGAGUGAAAAUUCAUCCACAUAAUUAAGCAUUUUUUUUUCCAUGAGAUGUUAAAGCAAAAUAUUAAAAUAACUAAACUAACACUAUUUUUAUAAAAAAAAAAAAUCUCAUUAUUUUAAACGGAAACUGUAUUAAACUUGAAUUAACGUCUGGCUCAAAAAUUUAUUCACAGUGGUACUCUAGAAUUAACAUUAAGUACGCAUAUUCCUUUUAUCAGAUUGUUAAUUGCUGUUUGUAUUACUUAUCGCAAAUAUCAUACGAAUAAUCGUUAAGAAGUUAGCUCUGUGAUUGCGUAAAAGAUAAUAUUUCAUCUUUGUAAAGUAAAUAUCAAGUUUUCAAAAUUUUCAAUAUUCAAUGUAAUGAAAAAAAUUCUAAUUCUUCUUUACAGACUUUUAAAGAUUUCAACAUAUGGAAAGACUUUAACGAUUAAAUAUAAAAAAGAUAGAAUUCCAAAAAGUGUUAAUUUUACAUCUACAUUGUGCAAAAAUUGAUCAUAACUUUUACUUUAGUUAAAAUCAAUUUGAGAAGAGCCAGAAUUCAUCAAUCUAGUUUCACUCAUUAUUGGAAACAAAAUAUUAAUUUUUUAUAGAUUAAUAAUUAUAUCUCAGAGAAAAUUUAACGUUGCAACGUUAAGUUUAACGUUCUAGUAUUAGCCUUAAGCUUAACUUAUGCCGAAUGUAACGACUCACGAUAAAAAUAUAUAAACAUUGUUAUUUAUACAGAUUAAUAUAUGUUUGUAAUAUACAUAUAGUUAACUAAUAUAGAAAAUUAAGAAAAUCUAUAGUAAUAUAUUAACUUGCACUAGUAAUAAAUAGGUGCGCAAACUAG